AGUUUCCGGUACCGUAUUCCUGCGUAAAAUUGUAUUUGAAAGGCGCCUAACAAUUCAUAUAUUUUUAUUUCUAUCACUUGAAGCUGAAAAUAAAAAUACGAUUCAGCGAAAAAGACAAUAUGAAUCCCAACUUCGAUGUUAUUGGAAAACAAUUUGUUGAACAGUACUACUGUGUCUUUGACAAUAAAGAAAUCAGAGGACAAGUAGCCGUCAUGUAUCAUGUGAGUAAUUUUAGGAACUUAAUAAUAAUUAGUAAAUACUUUUAAAUAGGGACUCCGUUCAAGCCAUGUAAAGUAAAUAAAUUGUGGAACAAGAUAUGUUUAGUCUUGAAAAUAAAAAUUAAGACUAAGACAAUUAAGUGGACGUUUUGGCAAGAUGCCUUCUACUGCAGACAAUACAAUAAACAACAUAAAUUUAAACUAUAAAAAUAAAAUUUAUAAAUAUUAAACUUUGGUUUUCAAAAUAUCAAAGUAGGCCUAUUCACUAUUCAAAGAUCUCAAUCAAUAAAGUCAAAAUGCAACAACCUAGGUACCCUUGGAAAAAAGUUUCCCAAAAAAUAUUAAAGUAUUACAUUUGUUUUCUAUAGUCCUAGAGAGAAAACUUCAUAUAAAUUAUUUUUUUUUUGGCAGUGUCUACACGUCCGGCGCGCCGGACGUCUAUCUCCCGCACUAUGUGUCCGGCGACCAAGUCACAUGACCGCCGUAACAAAGUGGCGAGAGAUAUCUUGUCGGUCAGCCUUGUCACGUGACUGCGAAUAAUUCAAAACUAUUGUUAAUUUUAAAAUCUAUUUCUCUACCAAGUAAUGUACUGAGUAUUUUGAAUGCAAAUAAUAGAAAAAAAAAACUGUGGAGUAGGCGUAGGCAACCAAUAAAAGUUAAAGUAAAAGAUUUCAUUUUAAAUUAUUUCAAUUGCUACAAUAUGUAAAAAUUUCUCAUGAAACUACUGUUGCUGAGGAACAUGUUAAUAUAAAUAUAUAAAAAAUAUUUUUAAUUAAAAUGGGUAGAAAAAAAACGACGCUAUUCCCGGUAUAGAUCCUCAAACCUUCCUAUCGUCAAGCAACCACUCUACCACAAGACCACACAAGCUGCACUAAACCGUACUUCGUUUGGAAUUAUAAAAACUAUUAGUCGUCCGGCCAUGUCCGGCGGUCACGUGACAAGCCGCCGGACGUAUAUCUUGCGCACUACAUGUCCGGCGCGCCGGACGUGUAGACACUUCGUUUUUUUUUUUAAUGAAACCAAAAUCAACUUUUUCUAGCUUUAGUACAUUUUGAGCUAAGAAUUUUAAAUUAAAUUUUAAAGUGUGAGUUCGUUUGUGAUUGUGGUUAUCCUUUUUUUUACCAUGAACUCUGCACUUCACCUUUUUUGUCCAGACUCCUUUGACUUUGAUCUCAUUAUUUGCUAUAACUCAUUUUUUCAUUUGGUAUUUUGAUCUGCUACUAAUUUCUAGGAUUAAUAAUAAUUCUAUGCUAUAAAUUAAAUUUUUUAUAGAAAUAAAUUACGACUCUAGCAAUUUCUGGUUGUAUAAUCUGUAUGGCUGUUGAUUUUCACUAUCGAUAAGAUGUUAAAUAUAUCCUAUUCUGUUGUUUAAGGCUAUAUAUGCUUACUGGUAAUUGACUAGGAACUACUUCUAUUGAUUGACCUCUCAAUUUUGUAACAUUACUAAUCAAUUAAUUAAACAUUCUUUGCCCACAUGUCCUUAAAAUUUUGAAUGAAACUGAGAAAUGAUUACUAUGCAAUAAUGGUAUAAAUAAUUGACUGAUGUUUUACCCAAAACAAUGUGUGCACACAGCCCUAAUUGUGGUUAAAGUGAGGCUUAGACAGACACCAUGAGUCAUGGACCCUUAUUUUCCUUUCAUUAAAACUGUGUCUACACCUACAAUAAAUGGUUUCACUUUAAUUCUGCAGUUGAGUGUCCCAAAAUAUAUUUCUCAUUCAUUUCAUUUUCCUAACCCAACUACUUGAAUUCCUGUUUAAAUUUAUUUUGUCUGCUAGAAAAUUAUAAAACUCAUUCUGUGAUAAAAUUGACGUAAUAGCAGAGAGACGAUGCCCAUCCCAGGAAUUAAUACCAUUAUGACAGUUACUGAUUUCUCAGCAGGUAGUGCAUGAGGUUUCGAAUUUAUCCUCUUUGAUACCGGAACUGCAACUAGAAGAUAGAUUUAUACUGUGUCUUGUCAAGUACAGGCUCAGACCGCCUAUGUCUGUGACGCGAUGGCCCCUGUGUGCGAAAUUGAAAGAGAACUGGGCAAAUGCUUUCUGUUGGUAUUAUAGAAUAUGUGAACUGGAAUUAUGUAUUAUGAAAGGGGCACCGCUUGCAUCCACAGGAAUUAAAUGAGCUACCUAGUGUUGAUAUAAUCACAUUGAGAAGUAUAGCGCUAUUAAUAUUUGCACGAAUGUACAUCAUUCAAAAUAUACUAAAUUGUAGGGGUGUGCCGGAAUCCGGUUCCGCCGGAUUUUGCACUAUCCUGUGAAAUCCGGUUCCGCCGGAUUUACAUGUAUCCGGAAUCCGGAAUAUACCGGAUUUCGGAAUUUGCCAGAUUUUGUGACUCACCGGAUCAUAAUCUGAAAUAAAAGUAAUUCUCUUUCCCGAAUUCCACACGAUCACGAUACAUUAAUCGAUUGUUUCGAGCGUUGAGCUUGUUUAAUGUUUAAUAUUCCGAACAUACCAGAGGCUAGAGUCAGCACCGCUAAUAGUGGCCAAUAGUGUAGGGACUUUGAUAAGAAAAUUUAAACUUUUUGUAAAAAUAAACCAAUGGCAUAGUUGAAAAGAGGUAAUUUUUUAAAGAAUUAUAACACCAAAAUCAUAUUUUUAGCUGUUGUAGCUUUAAAGUUAUGAAUUUUUAAAGUACGACUUGGUUUGUCAUUUUUUAACAUGGACUGCAUCUCCACAUUCUGUGAUCUCAUUCCGCCAAUCCCGUCAUGCGCAAUGACUAUAUAGUUUAUAUAAGGCAACGCAUUCCCUGCCUUAUCACUAAAAUACUGUUUAGACUUAGUUUAAACUUUCAACUUUGGCACAUGAAUAAUUAAUUAAAGCUUUCCCUGACCAAUGGUUUAAUAGUUUUUGCACACGGCAAACUCUUAUGAAUGAAACUCUGAGGUAGUACUACGAUACAGUUAUGCAAGUGGCUGUGAAUGGUUGCCAAUGACAACGUGUUGCACACGGUAAAUUCUGAUCAUUUAUAAUAUGGAUUCUACCGGGUUGUUAAAGCUCAAAUUAAAACUCUCCAGUUUAAAUGUCUUUAAAAUGCAUUCUGAAACACAAGUUAUCAAUUAUUUUGAUGUAAAUAGUGAUAACAAAUUAAUAUUUCCUAAGUAUCGUCAACUUCCGCCAUUAAAAAGGGGGCGUGGCCAACCCCAUGGCAAAAUUAGGUUGAGCGAGCUGCAUGACCUGCUGCGAACGCGUAGAAACAUGGCGUCUCUCGUAAGACACUUAUCCAAAUGUAACGGAACUCAAAUUUAUAUCGAAAGCACUAAUUUAAUAAUAAAUAGACACACACAUCGGAAAAUUAAAAACUCGGAUUUUUUGGCGCCGAUUGCGAAUUCCCAUACACAAAAAGUAGUAGUCUACCUUGAAUUACCAAAGUAUCUACCAAUAGUACCAAAAUCCGGAAUCCGGGAGAAACCGGAAUCCGGAUUGUUCCGGAAUCCGGAUCCGGCGGAUUUCGCAUAAGAAAAUCCGGAUCCGGUUGGAAAAAACGGAUCCGGCACACCCCUACUAAAUUGGUAUAUAAAAGAUGAAAAGGGCUUGCCUUAACUUUCCAGUUAAUCUAUAUGGUGAAUGAUGCAUCGUUUUGACCUAGGAUUUCCAAGAGUUAUGUAAAAGUGGAGAACUUCCGAUACUCUGAGACCUAUAUACCAUGGAAGACAUCCCCUACCUUCUGCUCCCACCUCUGCCUAGCAAAUUUCACCACCGAGACCUGUCACCUUGGUCACAAUAAUUGUUUAAUCGUAAACCAACUAUCGGAAACUAGAUCAAGAUGUACUCUGAAGUUAUAAGGUUGAAACAGCACACAUUUUAGACAAAAUAGUCCUUUAUAAAUAAUUUAUCACCAUUCUUAAAAAGUUUUUUAAAAAAACUCAGAUUUUUCUGUGCCAACUCCUAUUUCUGAUACAAAUUUAAUAGUAACCUUCUUUGCUUUACCGAGGCGCCAUAAUUAUAGUUUAAAUUUAAUCGUUAUCAUUAUAAUGCAAUAUUUGUAAAGGUAGGAUAUUAAGGGAUAAUAGUUUAUGUCUUUUGUCUUGGCCGUUUUUGGCUUUUGUUAACUUUAUAUUUAUAAUUACAAUAAAUUAAUCAGUUAACCUAAGUUUUGAUUUUACAGUUAUGUCCAUUUAUUUCUAUUUUGAUGUCAAUCUGUCAGCCAUCACAGUCCUACACAAAGUUUACCUCCUCCCGUCUAACACAUUUUAGAACAUUCUAAAGUUCUUUGAAGACAUUUUAAGUCAAAUUUUUACUGACUUACCAUAAAAGGACAGAUGGUUGGCAACCCUGCUAAAACCUAACCUGCCAUACAUUACAACUGCUUACAGAUUAUUACUUAGCUCACAAGAAUAUAAAUAUUUUAUCUCUUUAAAAAAUUCAAUUCCUAUGAUUUAUCUCCUUUUACUACAAGUACAAAGUUCGUAUCCGGAAAUUUUGUUGUCGGAAAUUUGAUUGAACGGAAAUUUGGUGGAAUCUUAUUUUCAGUUCACACAUUAAAAUUUUGAUUCAAAUUUCUUUUAAACGCAGUAUUUUGUUUUAAUAUAUAGCACAGAGCGUUCAAAAAGAAAUUUGGCAAAAUUGUGGAUUUGGUUACAGUUAUUUAGAGCAAAUUUCAAAUUUAAAGAAUGAAACUGGAAUCAACUUUUUAACUUAAGUAUUUUUUGAGGCACAAGUUGGAGCUUGUUUGGUAUUUUCUACUAUGGACGAAGCCUCCACAUUCUGUGACCUCAUUCUGCUGAUUGUGUCUUACGCAGUGACUGUAUAGUUUAUAUAAGGCAACGCAUCCCCCUUAUUACUAAAAUACUAUUUAGGGACUACUUAUUUUGAACUUUUAACUUUGGCAUAUAACUAUUUAAUUAAAUGGUUUAAUAGCUUUUGCACACAGCAAACUCUUAUAAAUGAAACUCUGAGAUAGUUCCACGGCAUAGCCAUUAAGCAAGUGACCAUGAAUGGUUGCCCAUGACGUUUUGCACACACUAAUUAUGGUCAUUUAUUAUACUACCAGGUUUUUAAAUCAUCGAAUUAAAACAUAUUUAUUUAAAUUACUUCUAGGUUCAUUCUAAAACGCAAGUCCUGUAUUUUGAGAAAUAAAUAAAUUAUUUUAUUAUGAAAACCUUGUUUAUAUGUUCUUUGCUAUUUCUUCUUGCGGAGUUCAAAAGCCAGCGAUUGGUAAUGGGGAUUGAGAUAACCGGGGUUAAGUGGCAAAUUUGGCAGCCUUUUGUGCUUGGGAUAUUAUGGUUCGUAACAUAAAAAACCAACGUAACAAGAGGAGAAAAUGCUAAGACAAACAGAGAAUGUGGCAGUUCCACUUCAAAAACGUCGACAUAACGGGGUUGGCAAGUUAUCCGAGGUCGAGAUCAGCAGGUUCGACUGAAGUAUUUAUUUUACAAAAUGCCCAAUUUUUUCACUAAAAAAUACCCAAAAGAUUAAAUAACUUGCAAACUUUGGAUUAAAUCCUGAUAUCCCAGAGUGAUUUUCAAGAAUGAUCAGAAAACGCAGAUUUUCUAAAACGGAUCCAGCUUUGCAAUCCCUAGUUCAUGUCUCAUCAUGUGCCCUCUGCAAGUUGCAUUUGACUAUAGUCCAGUGUCGAUUGAUGAUUAAAUAUAGAAAUGAGAAUGCUUUGGUAAUAAAAUUAUCUAAAAUAGUGGACAGCAUUGAAUUCAUUAAUUGAUAAAGUUGAUUUUUUAUUGGCCCAAUGAUAUGCAAGGAUGUGGGCAGUGUUAUUAAUGAUACAGGAUUUUGUCUUGGUGACCAGUUCAGAUAUUUAUAUACUGUAGUAAGAAUGAAUGUCAACUUUGCCAUGGUUAAACACACCUCAAAAAUAAUAUAAGUGAAGUUUGGAAGUUACAGCUACUUAUGAAUCACAUACUGAUAUUAAUCGUUAUACCAGGAAGAAUCUAUAAUAUGGAUAACUGAUUUUGCAAAUUUGGCGCCUUUGACUCCCCAGGCAUCAACCCUUUCUAUAAUUAUUAUGAACUAAAAUAUUGUUUUCAUAUUUGCUGAUUGAAUGCACACCAUUUAUUUUCUCUUUACAAAUGUCUGCAUUAAAAAGGAAGUUUUUGAUCUAUGUUCUGGACAUAUUUCUUUUUUUCAUAUACUAGUAAUAUCAAAGUAUUUAAAAUAAUUUUGGGUGUGAGCUGUGUUUUAGACAAUUUUUUAUUUUUUUUGGUUUAUUUUCAUAGCAUGAAAAGGUAAGUUUGUGUGUGUGUGUGUGUUGAUGGUGGGCUUUUGGAAAAUAAUGUUGUUUAUAAUUUUAAAAUCUUUGUAUUGUAUUUUUUUUUUUUUUUUUUUGUUUGUGAAGUAAAUGCCACUUUCCUUUUCCCUAGUUUGUUUUCUCAUUCCUCUUAUUUUUAAAUGGAAAAUAAUGUUGUUUAUAAUUUUAAAAUCUUUGUAUUGUAUUUUUUUUUUUUUUUUUGUAUGUGAAGUAAAUGCCACUUUCCUUUUCCCUAGUUGGUUUUCUCAUUCCUCUUAUUUAUAAAUAAGUUCUUUAAUUCUGAGAAUCAGUAAAAUUAUAAAUGCAGAUUGACUGGUAGUUUGAAAUAGAAAAUAAUUUAUUUCAUUUUUUUCCUUUGAUAUUUUACUUUUCUCAGCCAUCUGAAGCCUUGUUGACGUUUGAAGGCCAGCAGUUCCAGGGAAUUGAAGCAAUAGCAGAAAAAAUGAAGGUACACAUGGGAUAUAAAUCUUUUUUAAAAACUCAAAAACUAUUUUAUUUUGUAGAUUUUUAAUAAAUGUAAGUUGUUAUAUAAUUGCACAAAUAGAUAUUCAUAGAGAUUAUUUAGAUCUAUUGUAAAUUUUCUACCUAAAUUGAUCUCGCAAGAGGACACAAUCACUCAAAUGUACUUAUAAUGCUUUUUAAGUUAAAUAAAAUAAUACUGGUAAAAGAAUCUGUAAUGUAAUGUAGUUCCGGCACAAUGCAUUAUUACUAUUAAUACUAAGGAAUGAAAAAGGUUUUUGUUUUUUUAGAAACAUCUUUUUGUUUUCAAUCUGUUUUAAUCAUUUCCACAGACUAUCCCCAUUGAUAACAUGUUUAGACAAAUUACAACAAUAGAUUGUCAACCUACAAUGGAUGGAGGUGUUUUAGUCAAUGUAAUUGGUCAACUUAAGGUAUUUUUGUUUAAAUUUGUUUCAUUAAGCUUUAACCAGUUGAUAAAUUUUUUAAAUAGUGUAAUUUUUAUGGUUUAGAACAGUGGUUCCCAAAUUUUUAACCCUGUACCUGUCAAACCAAUUUUAGCAUUUUCUUAUGCCUUCUCAAAAAUGACUAAAUCCCAUACCUAGAUGAAUUCAGAGUCCCUUCCAAGGAUACAUUUUCUGAAGUCAUCAUCAUUAUCAGUGGCGCUACACCCCAUGUAGGACCCUGGCCUGCUAUACACCAUCCUUCCAUUCGGUUUGAUCCAUGGCUUUCCGCCUCCAUGGGUGAACCCCCAACUGGUGUAAAUCCUUCUCUACAUCGUUGAUCCAUCUCAGUCUUGGACGACCAGUGAGGCUUCUGCCUCCCUUCUGCCUGUAUAUCACUUUUGCUGCUCUACAAUCCAGCAUCCUUUUAAUAUAUCCUGCCCAGCGCUGUCUGCCUUUUUUUUUUUAUUGUUGCUAUUAUUGGUGGAUCUUUGUUCAAUUUGGUUUGUAAGGAUUCUCCAGACAUCAUUUUCUGAUAUGAAUUCCAUUUCGGUUAAAAUUAUUAAAUCCAUUUUUUAUUAAUUAAUAAUCCAGAACAUAUACAAAGAUAAAUAUCUUCGAAUCUCUUUAGAGUAGGUAUUUGGGAUCCAAUCUUUUUUUUUUUCAAUUCAAUUUCCAGCCUUUCCCAAACAAAUUAAUCUGUAACAAUAAGACUAAGCUUAGGGCUGAAAUUGUCAAUAUCCGACUCUUAUGUCACCAUCACCUGCUAGAACUAAUACUGUCCUUACUAGCAGCUGGAAUAUGUCAAAUCUUACAUUUUAAUUGAUUUGAAAUAAUUCCAAUAAUGAAAGGCUGUCUUGAUUUUCAUUUGCAAUCUAGAGGGUGACCCUUUCAGCAUCAGACUUAAGAGCAGUCAUAGAUUAGCGAAUUUCACACCAUAUUAAUCACAAAACAAGCCCUGAUAAAAGCACAUUAACACUGAACACACUGAUAGAAAUGGAAAUAGGAAGCAAACUCUUUUGUAUAGAGUGAUUUCUGAUAAGCCAAUAUACAUUAUAUCAUUCCCAUUUUUAAUGACCAUUUUGCUAGUAGCCAAUAAUAACGGCCUAUCAUCUAACGUUAUGACAGUUAAAGGGUUAAACAGUUAUCAGCAAGUGAGUUACUGAUUUGCACUAGGUCGCUAGAUGUUGCAUCUUGUUUAUAAUAUUUAAUUAUAAAUUUGUAUGAUCUCAUUGCUUUUUUACUUUGUAAAUUCUACAGAACAACUCUGAAAAUGACAAGGUGUUGGGAUUUUCUCAGACGUUUGUGCUCAAGCCUGCUAACAACUCAUUUUUUAUCUUUCAUGACAUUUUUAGAUUGGUUAUACAUAACAUGUAAUCUACAUUGAAGGUAGAAUACUUUAUAUGAAACAACUUAUAUAGUGUGCCCUUCAAUAAUUUGAGGUUGUCUUACCAUAUUUAUACUUUGGUCUGCAUGCUGUCAGCCUUGUUGGUUUAACAUCUACCAACACAAAAUAAUUUUAUUAUUCAGAGGGUGCAUUGUACUAAUUAGAAAUGCUGAUUUUUGUCCCCAACUAGGUUUUAUUCUUGAGACUGAUUUAAAUUUGUUUUAUUCAUAUUUCUUUAUGUGGUAGCAUGUUUUAAAAUUAACUGCAAUUCUCAUGUUUAAAAAAUAAUAAGUAUCAAAAUUGUAUUUGUCUUCAUUAGGAUGAAUAAUUCUAGUUAAUACUUCAUUUAAUUUUUCGGGAAUUUGAAUAAAAUUAUUCUAAUUUAUUAAUUAUGCCUUAUUUUUAAAGGGUUUAUUUACAGGAAAUACUUUAUGAUUGAUUAUAUGUUACUUGAUUGUAUGGUACGUUGUAAUAAUAUGCCAUGUCGACCCUUUCUAUCAAAAACAAAACAGUCAUUUUUAUGUAACUAACGAGGUAUUUUUAAAGAAACUGACGUGGAGGUGUAAAGUAGACACCUAUUUGGCAUCUUUACUACUAUGUCUUCUUACAUAAGUUUUUUAAGUUUGAGAUGCUGGAGAAGUUUACCCAAAAGUCAAUCAAUUAGCUUUAUGACAAAUUGUUUAGAUUUUAUUUUCCUUGUUAAUGUCUUACAGUACAUGUAACAUUCUUCUUUUGAGUAUUUUGAAAAUAGGUUUAAACAUCACCGUAGUAGAUUCAAAUUAUUUCCUUUCAAAAUUUUUUUAUUUUUUGAUUGUAUAUUUGAUACCAGAAAUAGUAGGUCUGUCCUUGAUAAAAGUUAAUUUAAAGGAAUUUGUAAAUCUUUUGCAUUCUAUUUUUACUUUUUUUUAAAGAAAGAUAAAGAAAUAUUUACCCCACUUAACAGCUGCUUAAUAGAGUUCUACUCAUUUUUUUUAAUGUAAAAUAUUAUUUAAAGGACAUUGCUAAAUAAAUAUGAAAUCACUUGGUCAUAGACAAGUAAACCUGAUCUUAAAAUUGUCAGCAUGCCAAUACUUUGAUAUUUCUGAUUGCAACAAAAUAGUUGUGCUUAAGAUGGUAUCUAACAUUAGACCAAUAUACAACUGUUCAGUAGUUUUUUUAUUUAAAAUAAAUUGGACAUUCGUGAAAGAAGUGGGGAGAUAAAAAAAUAUUUGGCAUUUAUUUUCAUAUGUUAAAAAGAAUAAAUGUAGUAAUUUUAAAAAAAAGACACUUUGUAGUUGUAGCUAAAUAUUUUCGUUUAUUAAACCCUGUGUUUAAGUAUUAUCUUGAAUUUUCUAAUAUGCGGAUCUAAGUAAAGAAAGCUUUUUAUACAUUUGUUCUUACUCCCGUUUAAGUGUCUAAGAAUGAAUAAAAUUUUCAUAUUUGUAAUUGCAGACAAAAAUUUAUUAUUUUUUAAGGUUAUGAUAAUAGAGGUGUGUGAAUUUUAUUACCUAGUAUGUUGUUUUCAGCAGUUUGGGCAUAAAAGUGUUUUUGGUUGGUGGCUACCAAUAUUUGUUUUAUGCUUAAAAGAAAUAACAUUUAAAUAAUCAUUUAUAAAUUGGGUUUAAGUGCAGAGAAAAACUAUUUUCAUAAAUUGCACAGCAUAAGAUGUUCAAUAAUCUCAUCAAUGUUUACAAGGUUAUUCAGAGAGCAUAAAUUUGAAGGUUCUCAAAACUUGCUUGCCUACUGGUGGUCAAGUAACCCAUGUAAAAUGAUGAUUUCUUUUGUACAUUUCAAUGAAGUAUGUGUCUUAAAAUUGAUAUUUAACUAAGUGUUGACCAUAGAAUUAUUUAGUUAACUAUAUUUUAAUUAAUUUUUUUUAAUGAAUGUCAGACAUGAAGUUAAUUUAUCUAGUGUCUCAAUUUUAGUCAGUAGUCAUUGCAUUUCAUUAGAUUACAAAGUAAGGAUUAGUGUCACAAAUCAAAUUAGACAGUAAAUGUCUAUUAAUAAAUAAGGAAGAAAAGGUUCACUAUAACCCCAAAAAGCUCAUACACUUCAUAUCAGAGCCUCCAGAAUGGUCAGUAUGAAAAGUUUAGUGUGUACCAGUACCAUAAGUACUUCAAAUACUUAAUUCAUUUUUUUAUAUUUUUUUUUUUAAACAGUCCUGAUUAUUGUGUACAGACUUUUCAAAUAAAAAUCAUUUUAUACUUUAAGGUAGUUGGUUUUUAGUAAGUCUUCUGUUAUUGUCCUUUGAUUGAAAUAAAAACUUAAUAAUUAUGUUUCCAGGUAUCCAAUGAAAUUGUCUUACUUCAUGAAUAGUAUUUAAUAUAAUUUUACUGUGUUGAUUCGUUCCCAGAUUUUGCCUUUUUGACACUGACAGUAACUAUUUCAUAUUCUCACAAAUUAUGUUUGUUAUGAACAGUUGUAAAAUCUUGUGCUUGAGGUUAAAUAACAAUAAAUAGGCAUACAAAUAAUCUUCAGCACCUUGACCUCUUUUUUUCCUCUUUUUUUUGUUACAUUCGAAAGGCUAACAUAAUGAAAGGCACAUUUUCUUCAAGUUCACUCAAUUCACUUCAUAAAAAAUAUUAGGUACCGGUACCUGUAGACUAGGGUGGUCCUCUGUUCCACUACACGAAACACGAAAAUAAUUCAUGCAAAUUUUCAGGUAAAUUGAAUCAUGAUUAGGGAUCACUAAAGUACUGGUAAGUUAAAUUUGGUCAUUAUUUUUUUUAUGCCGUAAAGGUAAAACAAGUAGAAAAAAAUGGUCAUAAUAUGUAAAAUGGUGCAACAUGUGAAGAAAUGAUAUUUAACAUUUUCAGUACCGGUAAUAGUAUUAGGUGUGUGAAUGUGGGAAUAAAUCAGCUGCUUGUUAACAAGCUGAAAUCCAGUACUAGAGAGUCCUAAGUAUCUGCUGUUGUAAAGGCAAUGUGCUUUGAACUUUGAUACUAGUUCAAGUAAUACAGGUCAUAUAAGUUGAGCCUGCCUCAAGAAAAAAAAUUGGAAAAUCUGGUGAGAGUAUGGGGACUGCAACUUCUGGUCCUGACCUGCCCAUCUGUACUGAAAGUGCUUCAACCAAUCAUACAGCAAAUUGAUAAAUAUAGUUAAGACAUUGGUGCUGCUACGAACAAUGAAAUAGUUGUAGGCAGUUUAAUAUUUGGCCAGGACAGUCUCAUGGAAUUCGCAGUUGGGGAAACUUGAAGCUAUGCAACCCAGAGAUGAUUACAAAGAAUUUUUUGAGUUUGUCAUUAUAUUUGUAGGAGAAACUAGAAACUCCUCCACGCAUUUGAGCCCUG